UGAUUACAGUGCUGAGAAGAAGUUGCUUUCACCUCUUGGGAGUUGGAAGUACACCGGGCAAGUCCUGCUGUGUAACCGAAGAGGGAGUGGUGAGGUCCGUUGAUGUGCAUAGCUGCAUGGGGCCUGGUCCCUGUUGCCAGCCUGGGUUACUGUAAGAGACAGAGCAAAGCUCAGUCUCAGUCGAGCUGGACUGCGUGGCAAUCUGCUUCAACAUGAGGACCCUUCCUGUCAGCUUUCUCCUGCUGCUGUCUGUCUGGAGUGUGUGCGUAUGGGCUGACAGCGGGAGGAUACGACAGAAGCGUGCAUGGAUCAUUGAUUCGUUUACUAUUGAGGAAGAACACUCUGGUUUAUUUCCAUAUGCAAUAGGCAAGGUUGAACUCGAAAGAACUUAUAUAGUUCAUUUAAAAUUACACGGUCAGGGUGUGGAUAAAGAACCGAAAGGUGUUCUCAGCAUUACAGAUACAGGUGAUGUUUUAGUACAUAAAAAGAUGGACUAUGAAGAAGGCCCUAAAAUUCUCAGAUUGACAUUUGAAGCAAGAAAUAAAUCCAAUAAUGAAGUGGAUACAAAACUUGGGCUUGAGAUCAAAAUAUUGGACAUAAAUGACAACGCACCACAAUUUCAAAAUACAGUCUAUGAACAGACUGUGGACGAGUCACAUCCUGAAGGCAAAGAAGUACUGACAGUAUUGGCUAUUGAUAAGGAUGAUUCAACAACGAACAAUGGAACAUUUGAUUUCACAAUCAAGUCUGUCACACCAAAAACAGAUGUUGAAUUUUACAUUCAGCAGCAAAAAGAAUCGGGCACAAUUUAUUUUAACGGGUGUUUGGACUAUGAGAAAGCUCAGAAAUACACAAUCCUUGUUGAAGCAAAGGACAAAGGGGAAAAGAGACAGCUCUCAAGUACGAGUACAGUGAUAUUCAAUAUUGCCGAUAAUAACAACAAUCUUCCAAAGUUCUCUGGUAAAACUGGACCAGGAAAGGUCAAGGAGAGAGAAACUGGGGUUGAAGUUUUGCGACUGCAAGUAACAGACAAAGACCUCCGUGGUUCAAAAGCUUGGAAAGCCAAAUACACAAUUUACGGAGAUAAAAAGGAGAUCUUUAAAAUAGAAACACACCCUGUUACGAAUGACGGGAUUUUAACAGUUGUUAAGCCAACAGACUACGAGGAGCAAACACAUCACGAUCUGUCCAUCAGUGUGCAGAAUGAAAUUCCUUACUUUUCCUGUAAGAGUAAAAAGAGAGUAAAAAAAGAGCUUGACCAAAUACCCCAAACCUCUGACACUGACACAAGUGUCCGCUAUGACACCAUGAAUGUGACAAUUUAUGUUGAAGAUGUCAAUGACCCUCCGGUGUUUAUUCCUCCUGUUAAACAUGUUGUGGUAACAGAGAACAUAGAUGUAGGAACAAGUCUUACGACCUUCACUGCUAAAGACACGGAUAGAAGACACAUAAACACAUUUAAAUUUGUUAAAGGUGAAGAUAUUGAUGGAUGGAUAACUAUUGAUGCACAGACCGGAAAAGUAUCCACAUCUAAAAUUCUGGAUAGAGAGUCGCCAUUUGUGAUAAACGGCACCUAUAUAGCAACCGUACAUGCUGUGGAUGAUGGUGUUCCUCCGCUGACAGGCACCGGAACUCUAGUGAUUCACCUGAAUGAUCAAAAUGAUAAUGUGCCAAAAUUGGAGGUAGACAUUGUCAGCAUUUGCCUAGAUAAAGAACCCACAAUGGUCAACAUCACAGCCGUAGACCUGGACCUUCCUCCAUAUGGAUCGCCUUUCUACUAUGAGCUUUUGGGAGAUGUUAAGGACAAAUGGAGGGUUGAACCAGCCCAUGGCACAACAGUGAAUCUUGUAAAAGAGAACAGCGUGUAUUCAGGUCAUCACCUCCUCCAGAUCAAAAUAUCAGACCAGCAGGCAUUAUACUCCAUCCAGAACCUGACAGUCAUUGUGUGUGACUGCUCUGUCACUCCCAACUGCCAGGACAGGAUGGUCUCGAAGGUUCGAAUAGGGCCUGGUGCCGCCUUGAUGGUUGUUAUUGCAAUUCUCGUUCUUACAGCAAUGCUUUUAGUGAGUCUACUGAUCUCCUGCAAAGCGGAGAAAAAAAUGAUUGCAUUGGAUGAUGGCUUUGGUGAUCUCAUGACAACAAACACAGAAUAUCCAGGAACAGACUGCAUGGUUCGUUCCAGUACCAGCAAUGACAAAACUGAUUCUUUCAACCUAAAAAAAACGAAUACAUAUUCAAGUAUAAAUUCAAGCCAGAAGGUCACAAAGCAAACCGUGAUGCAUAAAAAACAGCAGGAAGUUUCACAGGUCCCAUCAUCAGUCUACAACAACCAGGGAUUCAAACGCUCGAUGUAUACGAGUUCCACAAGACGUUCAUACAGAGGAAAUUUUCAGCGAUCGAGUAUGAGAUCAAGUUUUAGAAGCAACUAUUCCUCCAACACUAAUGCAUCUUAUCUGGGUGAACACCUCGCCACUCUCAUCAGCCAGAAACUAGCUAUCCAAAUGCGUGAUGAGGAGCAUGGUGUUUAUAUACCGCACUGUUACGCAGAUGAGGGAGAACCUAUUGCCACUGGUGAACUGGAUGCAAUAUCUAUUGCAGAGGAUGAUUUUCAUCCAGACAUGCUUAGAAAUCUGGAUAGCAAGUUUAAUCAGUUAGCAAUAAUUUCCAGACCUGACCUGAUGAGAAGGUGACAAUUAUCUCAGGAAGUGUAGCCGUUUUAUAUAUAAAUAUAUUUUUGGGACAAAAUGCAACAAUUUUUUGAUAGUUCUACAGUAUCAAAGAGGAUAAAUAUAACUACAUUUGCAUUUCCUGAAUGCAAAAGUCACCAGUGCUUGAAAAGGGAUAGUGUUAAGUGUUAUUGUUUUAGGUGAGCUCAGUUUUUGGGUUUUAUGUAGUUCUAUGUAUUUUUUGUGUUUUCAUGUGGAAUAAUUUGCAGACUUUUAAUACAAAAAAAGUAUGGUGGUGAUAAAAUAUUGAAUAAAACGUCCUCUAAGAGUACAUGGUUUGAUGGUGAUAAUAGGGUUUUUAGUUGCUGAUAAGCGUAAUUUGAAGAGAAUGUCUAUUUUGAAUGUGUUAUGCACAAUUCUGUGACAUAUCUGGGUCUGUUGUUCCCCUGGGCGUGACAUUUGUCAGCUAGGAAACUGCUCUGUUGUUGCAGAUGCUUUUAAACCUUUAAUGCAAAAAUGUAAAACUGUGACUGCUUUUUAGUAUUAUUUGUACACUGGCGUAUGGGGAUUGAUGAAUGUUUAAUAAAACAGUGUUUA